UGAGGGAGCACCUCUGGCCCGGUGCGCCGCCGACCGCGCGGGCACCGCUGCCGCCGGGGACGGGAUGUGACCUUCCCCUGCGUGGAAAAACUCAAGCCCUCAGAACGUGGGGAGCGCGGGCCUGAGUCAUAGCCUGUGCUGGAGACCUCAGGGAACAUCUGGGAGGUGACACAUUCCCGGCCCUGCCCUUGGGUUCAUGGCCCAGGACAGCCGGGUUCAGUGAGUGAGGAGGUGAAGGAGGAAUCCAGGUCCUGCGGAGGAGCCCAGAGCCUGCCUGUGAGGCUCAAGGUCCUAGCCUGUGCUGGAGGCCUCAGGGAACAUCCACCAGGUAACGCACCCCAGCCCUGCCCUCGGGUCCUGGCCCCAGGGCGUGUUGAAGUUCAGCAGCUUCCCUGGCGCCAGAUUUCAUCCUCGUAGAGGCAGAUGGCUGCCGGAGGCCAGCUCCGACGGCCAGGGAGUGUACGCUUUUUCCUGAUCAGAGAGGGACAUGGCGUCGGCGAAUUCCUAGCCUGUGCUGGAGGCCUCAGGGAACAUCCACCAGGUGACGCACCCCAGCCCUGCCCUCGGGUCCUGGCCCCAGGCGAUGCUGAGGACCAACCGGGGAACUGUUGGAGGCUUUUUCCUGGCUGGUCGAGAUGUGACCUGGUGGCCGAUGGGUGCCUCUCUCUUUGCCAGUAACAUUGGCAGUGGUCACUUCGUGGGGCUGGCUGGGACAGGAGCAGCCUCAGGAAUCGCCAUUGCAGCAUUUGAAUGGAAUGCUUUGCUGCUGUUGCUGGUCCUGGGGUGGUUCUUUGUCCCCAUAUACAUCAAGGCAGGGGUGAUGACCAUGCCAGAAUACCUGAGGAAGCGGUUUGGUGGGAAGCGACUCCAGAUCUACCUCUCCAUCCUCUCCCUGUUCAUCUGUGUGGCUUUGAGAAUCUCAUCAGACAUAUUUUCUGGAGCCAUAUUCAUCAAGCUGGCCUUGGGAUUGGACCUUUAUCUGGCGAUCUUCAGUCUCUUGGCUAUCACUGCUAUUUACACAAUCACUGGUGGCUUGGCCUCGGUGAUUUACACAGACACCCUCCAAACGAUCAUCAUGCUGAUAGGUUCUUUUAUUCUCAUGGGGUUUGCUUUUGUCGAAGUCGGAGGCUACGAGAGUUUUACAGAGAAGUACAUGAAUGCCAUCCCAACCAUAGUCGAGGGGGACAACCUGACAAUCAGCCCCAAGUGCUACACUCCUCAGGGAGACUCCUUCCACAUUUUCCGAGAUGCUGUCACUGGGGAUAUUCCAUGGCCAGGAAUGAUAUUUGGAAUGACCGUCGUAGCUGUGUGGUACUGGUGCACAGAUCAGGUCAUUGUGCAGCGCUGCCUGUCAGGCAAGGAUAUGUCUCACGUGAAGGCCGCCUGCAUCAUGUGUGGAUACCUGAAGCUGCUGCCCAUGUUCCUCAUGGUGAUGCCGGGGAUGAUCAGCCGCAUCCUGUACACAGAGAAGGUGGCCUGUGUAGUACCUUCUGAAUGUGUGAAACACUGCGGUACUGAAGUCGGCUGCUCUAACUAUGCUUAUCCAAUGCUGGUGAUGGAACUGAUGCCCAGUGGACUUCGAGGCCUGAUGCUGUCUGUCAUGUUGGCCUCUCUCAUGAGCUCCCUGACCUCCAUCUUCAACAGCGCCAGCACCCUCUUCACGAUGGAUCUCUACACCAAGAUUAGGAAGCAGGCAUCAGAGAAAGAGCUCCUUAUAGCUGGACGGCUAUUUAUUAUUCUAUUAAUUGUCAUCAGCAUUGUGUGGGUCCCAUUAGUACAGGUUGCUCAAAAUGGACAACUAUUCCAUUACAUAGAAUCAAUAUCUAGCUACCUCGGGCCUCCAAUUGCAGCUGUCUUCCUGCUUGCCAUCUUCUGUAAAAGAGUCAAUGAACAGGGAGCCUUCUGGGGUCUAAUCAUUGGAUUUGUGAUGGGCCUCAUUCGUAUGAUUGCAGAGUUUGUCUAUGGAACAGGGAGUUGCUUGGCUGCCAGUAACUGCCCCCAAAUCAUCUGUGGAGUACACUAUCUGUACUUUGCCCUAAUUCUCUUUUUUGUUUCCAUACUGGUCGUCCUGGCAAUUUCUCUGUUAACAAAACCCAUUCCUGAUGUACAUUUAUAUCGCCUGUGCUGGGCUCUUCGGAAUAGUACAGAAGAACGAAUUGAUUUAGAUGCAGAAGAGAAAAGACACGAAGAGGCUCAUGAUGGUGUUGAUGAAGAUAAUCCUGAGGAAACUCGUGGAUGUCUCAGGAAGGCUUAUGACUUGUUCUGCGGUUUGCAAAGGAAAGGCCCCAAACUGAGCAAAGAGGAGGAAGAAGCCCAGAAAAGGAAGCUGACAGACACAUCUGAGAAGCCUUUAUGGAAGACUAUAGUGAACAUCAAUGCCAUCCUCCUCCUGGCAGUGGCAGUCUUUGUCCAUGGCUAUUUUGCCUAAACUCUCUCUGAGCUACUAGAAUAUUUAUUAAAUAAAGGAUAAUUUUCUUGA